UAUUUCUGCAGUACUAUUCCAUGGAUGACAUUCAAGUUCCUCACUACUUUAUCUGCCCUAUAUCCCUCCAAAUCAUGAAAGAUCCUGUGACGGCAAUUACGGGCAUCACCUAUGAUAGAGAAAGUAUCGAGCACUGGCUGUUCAUAGGCAAGAACACGACAUGUCCGGUCAGCAAACAGCCGUUGCCAAGAGACUCCGGGUUAACCCCUAACCACACAUUACGCCGCCUAAUCCAGGCUUGGUGCACCCAAAACGCCUCCCACGGCAUCAACCGGAUUCCAACGCCGAAGGCGCCGCUCGACAAGUUUCAAGUCAUCAAACUCAUCAAACACCUUUCGAAACCUCAGCUCCAGCUGAAAACCGUCAGACAGUUGGAGCUCCUAGCCGUCGGGAGCGAAAGAAACAGGAAUCCUAUGGUGGAAGCCGGCGUUCCGAAAGCCAUGUUGUUGUUUAUUGCCACGUGUUUCAAGAACGCCCAGAUAAACGGCGUUGAAGAGGCUCUCAGCGUGCUCAACUUUAUCCCGGUUCCUUCGAGAGAACUAAAGCAAGUUCUUGCUGAGAAUGAUUGUAUUAUCAAUUCUCUGACGUGGGUUUUAUUUUAUGAGAUGGAAAAUCAUGCGGCAGUGAGAUCCCAUGCAAUGAUCGUGUUGAAAAGAAUCAUCAAGCCAGGGAGCUCAAGCGCUGUAUUAAAAACGUUGAAGCCAGAAUUCUUUAAAACGAUUGUAGGAGUUUUGAGGAGUGGAAAUAUCACUCAAGAAGGAAUUAAUGCUGCUUUGCAUGUGUUGUUAGAGGCAUCUGCUUGGGGAAGAAAUCGAAUAAUGAUGGCGGAAGCUGGCGCAGCGUUUGAGCUCAUUGAGCUUGAAUUGGGUUUGCCGGAGAGGAGAACCACCGAGCUCAUUUUAGGAAUACUAUUUCAUCUAUGUUGUUGCGCCGAUGGGAGAGCUCAGUUUCUGAGCCAUAGUGGAAGCAUUGCGGUUGUGUCAAAGAGGAUCUUGACUGUUUCAGCAGCAGCCGACCAUCGGGCGGUUCUGAUCCUUUCAACGAUUUGUAAGUUCUCUGCAGCGACAUAUCCGUUGCUUCAGGAGAUGUUAAGGGUUGGGGCUGUGGCAAAGCUUUGCUUGCUGCUCCAAGCUGACUGUGCCGCAUACUUGAAAGAGAAAGCAAGGGAAAUCCUGAGAUCUCAUUCGAAGGAGUGGAAGGAUUCUCCUUCCUUUGGUGUUAAUCCUCGAGAGAUCUAUAUCUAAGGGGAUAAAGAUGGGAAUAGC